GGCAGUGCGCCCACACUUCGCACUCGGAGGCGAUCUGCUCCAGUCUCGCAGCGCCGAUGGCAUCUCCCGGCUCCAGCUUUUGGUCUUUCGGCUCUGAAGAUGGCUCCGGGGAUCCCGAGAACCCCAGCACAGCGAGAGCCUGGUGUCAAGUGGCCCAGAAGUUCACGGGAGGCAUCGGAAACAAGCUGUGCGCUCUGCUCUACGGAGACGCCGAGAAGCCAGCGGAGAGUGGCGGGAGCGAGCCCCCGCGGGCCACCUCCCGGAAGGCCGCCUGUGCUUGCAACCAGAAGCCCUGCAGCUGUCCCAAAGCGGAUGUCAACUACGCAUUUCUGCACGCAACAGACCUGCUGCCAGCCUGUGAUGGAGAAAGACCCACCUUGGCGUUCCUGCAGGAUGUUAUGGAUAUUUUGCUUCAGUAUGUGGUGAAAAGUUUCGAUAGAUCAACCAAAGUGAUUGAUUUCCAUUACCCUAACGAGCUUCUUCAAGAAUAUAAUUGGGAAUUGGCAGACCAACCACAAAAUUUGGAGGAAAUUUUGAUGCAUUGCCAAACAACUCUAAAAUAUGCAAUUAAAACAGGGCAUCCCAGAUAUUUCAAUCAACUCUCCACUGGACUGGAUAUGGUUGGAUUAGCAGCAGACUGGCUGACAUCAACAGCAAACACUAACAUGUUCACCUAUGAAAUUGCUCCAGUAUUUGUGCUUUUGGAAUAUGUCACCCUAAAGAAAAUGAGAGAAAUCAUUGGCUGGCCAGGGGGCUCUGGCGAUGGGAUAUUUUCUCCUGGUGGCGCCAUAUCUAACAUGUAUGCCAUGCUGAUUGCACGCUUUAAGAUGUUCCCAGAAGUCAAGGAGAAAGGGAUGGCCGCUGUUCCCAGGCUCAUUGCCUUCACAUCUGAGCAUAGUCAUUUUUCUCUCAAGAAGGGAGCUGCAGCCUUGGGCAUUGGAACAGACAGCGUGAUUCUAAUUAAAUGUGAUGAGAGGGGGAAAAUGAUCCCAUCUGACCUUGAAAGAAGGAUCCUUGAAGCCAAACAAAAAGGAUUUGUCCCUUUCCUCGUGAGUGCCACAGCUGGGACCACCGUGUACGGAGCAUUUGAUCCCCUCUUAGCUGUCGCUGACAUCUGCAAAAAGUAUAAGAUCUGGAUGCAUGUGGAUGCCGCUUGGGGUGGGGGAUUGCUGAUGUCCCAGAAACACAAGUGGAAACUGAGCGGCGUGGAGAGGGCCAACUCUGUGACAUGGAAUCCACACAAGAUGAUGGGCGUCCCUUUGCAGUGCUCCGCUCUCCUGGUUAGGGAAGAGGGAUUGAUGCAGAGUUGCAACCAGAUGCAUGCCUCCUACCUCUUCCAGCAAGAUAAACACUAUGACCUGUCCUAUGACACUGGAGACAAGGCCUUGCAGUGCGGACGCCAUGUUGAUGUCUUUAAGUUAUGGCUGAUGUGGAGAGCUAAGGGAACUGCUGGGUUUGAAGCACAUAUUGACAAGUGCUUGGAGCUGGCAGAGUAUUUAUACAAUAUCAUAAAAAACCGAGAAGGAUAUGAAAUGGUGUUUGAUGGAAAGCCUCAGCAUACAAAUGUCUGCUUCUGGUACGUUCCUCCGAGUCUGCGUGUCCUGGAAGACAACGAAGAGAGAAUGAGCCGUCUCUCAAAAGUGGCUCCGGUGAUUAAAGCCAGAAUGAUGGAGUUUGGGACCACAAUGGUCAGCUACCAGCCUUUGGGAGACAAGGUCAAUUUCUUCCGCAUGGUCAUUUCAAAUCCCGCAGCAACUCACCAAGACAUUGACUUCCUGAUUGAAGAAAUAGAACGCCUUGGACAAGAUUUAUAAUAAACUAACUCACUAAGCUGUUUCAAUUCUCUAGCUGUAUCGAUAUUCUGAGAACUGCAUUCGCACUGUUCCUGUAAUCUCUCUCUCCUCCUCUCUGCUAAACUGUACGCCCUCCACAUCAGCUCUAAUACAGAACAUGCCCCCGGCUAAGCACCCCACUGAGAAUCUCCUUUGACAAUUGUGAUUUCACAAAAAGCAAGGUGAGUGCUACUUUAUCUCGGAGAACAGAAGAAACCAAUAUGGAAUGUCACAUGCUGCCAAAAUUGCAGGU